AGGAGAUGCACAACCGGUGCUCCAAGUUUGACAUGGCCAUGGUUGAUGACAAGGUAAGCAGGUGUGCCGUGAAGGAGGUCGUGGAGGAGAAGCUCCGAUCCCUGAAGGUGCUGCAGGAGGUGCAGGCAACGGCGAUAGAGAGGAUCGACAUCGCCUUCGGGCAUCAAGCUGAUGAUAUGGAGCAGGCGCCGCAUGACGACGAGCAGGCCACGGCGCCCGCCGAGCCCCGCGGCGCCGCCCCGGCCAGCGCCGAGAGCGCCGAGAGCAGCAGGAGCGUGCGGAACGCGAGCCCCCGGGGCCGCGCCCGAGGC